GUCGCUGGAAUUCGCCGUAAAUUCGGACCUUUCGCUACACAUCACGCUCUUCGGGAAGCUGUCCAACAACUACUGAAUUGCUCGAAGGACGAUGCCAUAACGCUUGAAUCUUGUACAGCCAGCUGCUGUCACACAGAUCUUGUCUGUCACUGGGUAACUCCAAUAGUCUGCGUAAUGCUUGUAAAUGCUCUUUCAGCUCAUUGUGGCGGCACUCCUCGAUCACGCUUCAUUCCGUGUGUGAAGAGCUCAGCGGAUGCGUGGAAUUAUCUGAAACAGCUUUUACGAAAGUUGAAAAUCUGUGAGAAUUUCUAUUCAAGCACCGGCGAACCAUGUGCUAGUUGUGCUCCUGCUAAUGACGUGAGCGUAGAACAGAUUAUGGCUCUUUACGCGCCGAUGAAACAGUGGUCAAUUGAGAAAGUGGCUAAUGAGCUGAGCAAACUACUUGAUGAGACGAUUGUUUCCAAAUUUGUUGAACAGCAAAUUGAUGGACGCUCCCUCGGAUUGCUGACGACGGAACUGCUUAUGAAUUAUAUGGGUUUGGCACUUGGACCAGCGCUCAAAGUGAUUGACUUUGUCGACUCAGUGCGGCAAGCGCAGGAACGUCAGCGGUCGGGUGCCGCAGAAGUACAGGCCCCGUGA